CUUCCCACUCUUCAAUAUCGAACGUGACAACUUCUUUUUUAUUUCAAUCGCACCUCCAAGCCAACGGUCUUUUGCACCACCACCACCAUCACACAUUUCAAAAUGCCCGAGGUCAGCGCCGUCCAGCAGCAGCAGCCCAUGGAGAUCCCCAUGGAGUCUGGCGUCGUCACGCAGCAGCCCUCGGCUGGUGCUGAGCCCCCAAUGGACUCGGAAGUGAGCAUGCGAGGUGGAUGCGGCGAGUCUAUCGACUGCUGCGGAAUCACUGAGGGCUGUGGCUGCUGUUAAUCUAUUGGGAUGAGGCUCUCUUGCUCUCUCCACUUGGGCCAGAGAAGGGAUAAGAUGAGCGAAGACGGGCGGUAUCUCUCCUGGAAGCUUUGGGGGCAAAUGGCUCGACCAUGUCUAGAGAAGGCUUGAAGGUAUUUGGAGUUUUAUUGUUAUUUUUAUCGUGUUCUCAGUGCAGCGAGAAGGGGUGUAUAUCAUUUGAAUAAUGAAUGAUUGAGUACAUGAGUACUAUCGUCCUGUUGCUAUG